AUGCAAUCAUCCAAGAUAACUUACGAAGGCCCCACCCAAUAUGAGAUCCUGCAUCUCAUAUCAUGCUACAACACCGCGCACCAUGACGUCGAUCACAUAAGGCCCGUUGGUUUCACCGACCUCGACACCGCGAAGGCCGAGUCCCUUGCCAGCCUUGAUGCACAGAGCUGGUGGAGGAACCCUAAUUUUGACUUCCAGCUUGAUUCUUUCGUCAGGCUCGUUCAGGAUAUCAGGCAAGCGAGCACCCCGCAAGAUUGGAAUCGCAUCGACUGGGAGAAAGUAGGUGCCGGUACGAGGCUAUUGAAUAAGCUCAUCGAGUGGAAAAUAAGUCAUGGCUCCUUUACUGGCAUUGUAGUCAAUUUGGAGAGAAGGCACCCUGAAGAACAGGCGCAGAGAGUGGCUGCCCAAAGAGAUGGUGAGAGGCGCGCACAGGAGGAGGCUGAUAAGAGGAGCGUCGAGAGAUGGGAUCAAGCUGAGAGGCGAGUACGGGAGAGGGAGAGGGAGAUGGCCACAGAGGAAAGGCGACAGGCGCAACAGGCGGCGGUCAAGAAAGAUGCUGAGAAGCGGCUACGGAAGACGCAGAGCAAUGCGGAACUGGGGAGAGAAAGGGCGAGAGAGAUGGAGAAGGCUGCCGAGCUAAAGAGACAAGCUGUUAUAGUUCAGGAAAAGAGAGAGGACAAUGGCCCCAAGUUGCCUGCCCGACAGCAGACUCCAGUGAUUGCGGUGAGAUCACCGACUCCGGGGCCGACAAAGCUGCAAAAAUCAAAUCCUAACAUCCCUGAUCCAACAAAGAAUACAAUGUAUCAGCUACCGGUUCAUAUUACACCGAAUGGCCAGGAUCGACCGAAAAGCCCCAGUCAGCAGCCGGUACACGUGAUUCAGACUCGACCAAAAAGUCCAGCUCAUCACCAUCACCAACACACGUCAGUUAAUCAAAACCGAGCAAAGAGUCCAACUCAUCAUGGUCAACAAACGUCAGGUCACCAUCACCAACACACACCAAUUAACCAGAACAGACCAAAGAGUCCAGGUCACCAGCAGCCAGUCAAGAUUCCGAAUCAAACACGGGGCAUAGUUUAUCAACAGCCAGUCAGCUCAAACACGCCAGCGCACCAAAAUCAUCCUAAGAGCCCCGCUUCUCAGCAGCCUGUCAAUAUUCCAAAUCCAACAAAGGGCACAGUAUACCAGCAACCUGUCAGGCCAGACACACCUGGCAAUUUAAACAAGGCAAAGAGUACCAGCAACCUCAAACAACCUGCUGCGAACCCAACGAACAAUGACCCCACCAAAGACCCGGCCAACAAGGCAAUGUAUAACAAGAGGCCGAGGAUUGCAACGGAUAUCAAGGAUCUUAGGCGGCAGAAGGCUCAUGAUCAGGCGAGGGCGCUGGCGUCUGAGAUUAGAAAGAUGGAUUGAACUCGGAGGUAUACGUAGUGUUUAGUAGAUGAAUCAAUCUUCCUAUUGACACUUUUUCG